AUUUGAUGGUUCAGCAAAAACUGAUCAAAAUUGAAUGAACCCAGUAAAGCGGAAUAUUUUAAACUUCAAUUACAUUAUGUCUAGAAGAAAGCAGUCUAAUCCGAAACCUCUUUUAAAAAGAGACGAUGAUGAAGAAUUUCCCAAUGAAGGAAGCACAGCACACCAGACAAAAAAUAAUGAAAUGGACGAAAUGGAAGAACAGAUUUCAGAAAAAGAGGUUUUAAGGACUAGUUUAUCAGAAAAUAAUGAGGAUCCAGAAUGUUUAGAGGAAAAUAAAACAAGUAAAUCGCCUCUACAAAUUGUUCCUGCCCUUAGAUUAAAUGUAGCACUUGCCUCAGACCCUGCAACUAAUCCUGAUGCAAAAGAAUUUUUAAAAAUACAUAUAAAAUCUGAGAUAAAUCAGUCAGGCGAUGAUGAAGAUGCCGAAGAUGAAUAUAUGAAUCCCAAUAAGGAUCUUGAUACAAUUAGUGAGACUGUUGGUUUACAAAUUCAUUCACAGCGAAGUGAUGGAUCACAAAAAUCAAAAGAAAAUAUCAAUAAUAUAAACCAAAUGUUAGUGAAGAAUCUAGAAAUAUUACCGCGUCAAAAUGUUUAUAUGUGUGCACCAUGUAGCAUUCGCUUUUCAUCACUGUCAACAUUAGAAGCUCAUUCUAAGUUCUAUUGUGCUCACCGGAAGGAUGCCGAUGAGAAUCCAAACAAAUCAUCAAACAUAUCCUGUGAGACCAAUGGAUCUGAGCCCCCAACAAAAGCUAUCAAAACAGGAAAACAGUAUGCUUGUACUCAAUGUUCGUAUAGUGCUGAUAAAAAGGUAUCAUUAAAUCGUCAUAUGAGAAUGCAUCAAACAUCACCUACUCCAAGCUCAACAGCUACUUCAAAUGGUGAUGAUACUACAUCUAGUCAAAUAAUUGUUCCUGCUUCAAUAAUUGGACCUUCUCUACCAAUCAAUGAUCGUUAUUGUACUGACUGUGACAUUAGGUUUUCAAGUACGAAAACAUUUAAGGCGCACAAACAAUUCUACUGCAGUAGUCGGAACUUAGAAAAAGUAAAGGACAAUCAAUUUUAUUGUAAUUCGCGUCAUCAAGGCCAAGCUUCAUCUAUUCUCUCACCAGUAAUCGUUCCAAACGCACCAGCUACUUCUAUUUCAAAGUCUGAAUCUCAAACUCCACCAGAAGCAUCAAAAACUCCUCCAACUUCAACAUCACCAUUUUUGGCAUUGCCAACAAAUCCUAUAAUUAUAAUUCCGUAUUCACUAAUAAGAAACUCAAGCAUCAUUCCAGGACCUUUAUCUUCUGUAGCACAAGUAACAAAUCCCGACUCAACUUGCUUUAUAUUUCAAAACGGCACAUUACAACCAAUUGCAUAUUCAAUUGCACCUACUGUUGUUGCAAGCUCCUCAAACACUCAGCAAACAUCCCCAAGAUCGGUAUCACAAGUAGCUAUCAAUGAAGUAAAGAUUUCCAAACCAAGUAGCGCUGGAAAUAUUGCAAACGAAGCUUUAAAAUUAUUAAACAAACGUGAUGGAAUUGUAAAUCGUGAAUCAACAACACCUUUAGAUUUGUCAGUACGACGUUCGUCUCCAAAUUCACGUGAGCGAAGCUUGUCUAUAUCUUCAGCUAUAUCAUCGGAGCAAUUUCGGAUGGAAUUUGAUUCGAUGAUGGAAGGAAAGGAGAAUUUGUCUGUUAGUGGUGAUUCAAUUACUCCUGAACAGAUUGUUUGUGCACCAUCACUUCCUGGAAGCCCAUCAUUAACACCGUCUAGAAGAUCAAACAGUCCACGUGGCAGCAGUGUGUCAAUGUCACCAAAUUCUUCUACGCCACAUUCUGUCUUAAUGCGACCAUUAUUUCCAACAGACAUAGCUAUACGCUUAUCUGAUCCAGCACUAAAUGUCAUUCCACCAUUGGUUAAACAAAGUAUGGAAUUAGCGUUAAGAUUAUCUAGUACGAGUGAGGCUACUAAUGCGCAGCAAAUAUCUCCAUCACACCCAAUAUCAUCUACACGAACAACACCUACACAAAUUCCUGCUCAAAUUUUUGUCAAAACCGGAAUUUCUAAAUGUAAAGAGUGCAAUAUAGUAUUUUGUAAGUACGAGAACUAUGUCGCGCACAAACAAUUUUAUUGCGCUAGCAACAUGGAUAAAGGAAAGGAUUCAUUGCCUGAAAGUGACAAAAAAAAUUAUUGCUCGUUCAAAAACUUGGAAAAAAACGAAGGAAGUAAUGCAGAGCAAUCAAGUUUAUCCAUAUCACCUCCAACAACUAUAUCAAAUAAUCCUCAAACGUAUCAGCAAUUGAUCUGUUUGGCAUGCGGUAUUAAAUUUGCAUCACUUGAUAAUCUCACUACUCACCAGAAAUACUAUUGCUCAAAAGCAAAUGAUCUCCAAGCUCAGCCUAGUUCAAUAGCCACUAUUCCAUCAUUACAAAAAGAGAAAUGUGCUAAAUGUAAAGUCAUUCAUGAUCCAUCUCAAAGUUGUGCACAGGGUUCUCAUUAUAAAUGUCCAAUCUGUGAAGUUGUUAGUCCUAAUUCAUCUGAGGCGAGGCGACACAUGGAAAGUCAUGGCGGUGUUAAAGCAUUUCGCUGCACUAUUUGUAGAUAUAAAGGAAAUACUUUAAGAGGAAUGCGAACACAUAUAAGAAUGCACAUUGACAAAAAAUCAGGAGAUGUUAAUGAAGAGAACUAUAUAUCUUGCAUAUUGGAUGAUGAUAGUACCGAAAUUCCUCCAUCCAUAGUUAACAAAGUUCCAUCAACGCAAGAAAAUAGUAAAAAGAAUUGUCUGAAAUCCCAGACAAAAUCAAUUCCAAUUAACUGUGAAAAACAGGAAACAAAAAUGAAUACUGCAAUAUGUUCAAAUAUGAUUAAAAAGGAAUUUAAUGAAGAUGAUGUAAGAAGUGUUGACAAUUCUAGAGAUAUUGAGGAUGAAAUAUCAAAUGAUACAAUCAAAAUUGAGAGUGAAAAUGAGACAAUACCAAAAUUGUUAACUGACUCAAAAUCAUCAGAAAAACCAGCGUCUGAAGAAUUACGUCAAUUACCAAAUAUCGGAAAUGAAUUAGCCCAUUUGGAAGAUACAUCAUCUCCACUCAUCAUAGAGUCACCAAAUGAUUCAAAGUAUUGUAGUAAUUGUGAUAUAUCUUUCACGUAUUCUAAUACAUUCAUCGUACACAAACAAUUCUAUUGCAAAGGAAAGAAUGGUUCUACCAGUAAAGGAACAUCAUCAAAUGGAUCGAACGCUAACGUAUCUAUAGCAGCAGAAACAUCAGUUUGAAAAUAAAAAGAAUUGACUUUUGAAAAAAUACUUAAUAUUUACACAAAAUAUAUGCAGUAAUGCAUUCUAAGACUAAAUGCAGUAUACGAUAUUUACAUUAAAAUCAUGUAAUUUCAAAUUAGAUAUUCUCAUGUUAAUCGAUAUAAUUUAAAGAGAGAGAAAAAAAUCAUUUUAAGUGUUCUAUUAAUAAAUAAAAAUAGAUAACAGUACUCGCUUAUCUUUCGAUGCAAGUAAUGAAGGAAAUAGUAUUCAAUAUGCUAACCGUACUUAAUGUUAUUGAGUUUAACAAAAUCAAGCUGAAAUUAUGUGUAAAUGCUUUUGAAAAUUUCUAAACGAGAAAAAAAAAUAAGAGGAAUAUACUUUAAGCUUAUCUGAAUCACCUUAUUCUCCAAUAAUAUCCUUUGUUUUUAUAUUUAAGAAAAAAAAGCUUAAAGUUUUAUUGGAAUUUUCAACAAAAAAAAGGGCAUCUUGUUCUGAAUGGAUUAAUUAUUUAUUUAUUAACUGCAAAAAUCCAUAACUAGCAAGGUAAAUACGUUUAAAAAAACUCUUUGGAUCAAAAUUGCGGGCAUCACAAAAUUUCAAAAGAGUGUCAUGAAAUGAUGAGUUUUUGAGUUUUAAAUGAAGCUUUGUGGUUUUAACAACUUUGGGAUCUUGGGUUUGUUUUUGACGAAUAAAAUGUUUUUUUUUUUUAAAUGGCUUGAUUUUAUUGCUAAAAACAUAAAGUGUGAAUGCUACUAAAGUUAUUGUGAUUGUUGAUUAGAUAUUUUAUUUUGGAGCCUUUAAUUAUCAUCAGUAAGCCAAAGUCCCCUUAUUUUAAAUAAUUAAUAAAAAAUGGAAUUUUUGGGCAAAAACAAGAUCCAGAAGCAACAAGAAUUCUGUGUUCAAAAAAUAAUUAAAAGUAAAAAUUAUUUGUAGACUAUGAGAAAUAGAAUUAUACCAAAAAUGCUCGAAUCAUAAAACGGAUAAUUUAAAUAAAUACAAGCAAAUAAUUUUAUAAUUCGAUUUUCAUUCUAAUUCAAUCGAAUAUUAUUUGAGUUAAUUACACACGGUAAUAAUUUUAUUUAAAUUUGGGCUGUUUCUUUAGAAAAUGUAUCGUCAU